AUGGGUAGAUCCGUCAAUGUCAAACAUGAGCUUCCUCCGAAUCCGGUGUUCAGGGAGAUUGAGCGUUCGGACGGUGACCAGGACACCUGGCCCCAAAACACGACACGAAUUGUCGAUUCAGAUGGGCAGGUCAAUUACAUGCAAUAUGUGCCUUCUGACGAGGGGAUGGCUAUAAAGUGGCGUGUGCAAGUCGGUCAAGCACUGGCUAAUGCCUUCAAUUGGCCCAAGGGGUUUAACUAUGUGCUAAAAGACUGGCCUGCCAAUUAUCGAAUGUUCAUACACAACAAGGGUCCUGUCUCAAACCCCCGGCAAGACGUUUAUCUAUUUGGAUCGACAAACUCCCCAAAAUUUCGCUCCGUACCAGAACUCAUACCGCAUGCUAUAUGGCUCUCCAAUGAUAUGAAGGGAAAGUGCCAAUGCAAAUACUGCUCAAAAACCAAACAACGGGAGAUUACCUCUAACAUGGGAGAACGAGGAAUCAUUGAGAAAACGUCUCCCGGCCCUUCGAGCUCACCUUCGCGAGUUUCGUUACCGAAACGUAGACCACGGCCGGAGGGAAGCGCACUUCGAAACCAAGUCGUGUAUGCUGCGGUCCAGAAGGCCAAAUUGAGAAAGCCUUCGACCUUCAUCGUUCCCAAACAUCCCGCACCUGUUGAAAAGGUCACUGACCUUGAAGCUGCACAUCAUGAUAACACCGCUUUACUACUCAGGCGGUGGUACAGGAAUGAUGAGCUUGUCUGGGUCGAGCUAGAGUCGCCGAUCGCCGGACCUAAAGGAAACGGCGAUGUGAUCAAUGCUUGGCCAGCUAUAGUAGAAGACUCGUGGACACGUUCCAACCCUUCUCAAAAAUCUGAAGAUAGUACUACUUCAUCACAGAAUGGCCUAUACCCCGAUUACGAUCCCGAAAACCCUCCUUGGACAGUCACCCAUCAUACCAAGUACAAGUUGAGAUUGCUAGCCACAUCGUGUUCUAUGAUGGCGCGAGACGACCAAGUUCUUCCUUACCAAGCCUAUCUGCCGCCGACGGAACUCAUUUACGCUCUCCAAGACGUACCGCUUUCCAAAAUCAGGCUCGAUGCAGAAUACACAACAAACUUUACUCCCGUCAUUUCUGAAAAUCCCGAAGAGGCUGCUUCUCCACCUCCGUCGUUUGAGGAUAGUACAGGCCCGUAUGCACUUGCUAUUCAGAUUGGCUCCCAAAUUGCGGGAUUCUGGGGUCUCACGGACGAUUGGGACUUCAAGUUUUCCUUCAAAAGCGACCCGCCCCCCACGCCGCCGUCUGGCCCCUCGAUUUCUAGUUCUGCCGGGUAUUCACUACAAGAUGCCAUCGUCGCCGCGAGUAAUAGCAAUGCUUAUAACGCCGGCCCUCAGACAUCUUAUGGAUCCUCUGAUAUAUCUGGAAAUCGAUAUAUGACGGUAGAGGAAUUGAACCGAACGAAAGCCACGACGCUUGGUGCACCUAAAGCCGUAGGUCAUACCUUUACGCAGAAAAAUUUUCAUGGCUUGUGGUGGGGCGCCGAAAGGAUUUGGACAGGAGAUCUCUUACGAUUGAAGAUAGGCCGAAAUGCAAUUGCAAGAGACGGUGCACCUCACAUUUUAGCCCCAUCACCAGCCGGUCCCAGCGCGCUUUUACAUAGUGCGCAGAAUGGUGACAAUCUGGAUCCAAAGGAACUUGGUGCACGCUCACGGGGUGUCUUCAUGCGGCUAGAUGCGUUGUUCACGGUAGAGGUGGACCUUGGGAAGGGACGAAAGCGUAACGAGUGUAGAGCUGCCGGAACGUUAUAUGAACUUGCAGAUAUUGACUGGGUUGAUCCUUCAGAAGACGCAGCGAAAAAACCUUCGUCGACGCCAUUAGGAACCGAUAGUGCUAUCUUUGGUAAAGAUUCCAAUGGGAUGUCAAAAGUCCUUCCCCAGCCCUCUCCAUUAAAGCCUACAGCCCUGCCCAAUCCAAACCCUACCAUUCCUAUAGCCGAAACUGCCCCACAGAUGCUUUCAGAAAUUCUACCUCACUCUUCCGUACCUGAAAAUAAAGCAAAUGGUGUAUACAAACCACCGAUCCCGGUUUCUCACUACGAUCUACCUCAGCCUCCCACUGGGUUCAAAUUCCGUCCUAUUCUCGAUCCGGGGUACGAGGCCGUAUUUAGUCUUACCCUGUUAAGUGGACGAUACUACCCUGGCAUCCUCGGACAUCCUCUUCUUAUGGAAGCCAUUCAUCAAGCACUCACACCGGAAGGAAAGAUUGAUCCUCAGACUAGCCAUCUGUGGGCUCUGGAAGGUUUGGAGCCUGGAUUCUCCAACUCCGUGGAUCCUAUAAGAUAUAAGAAGGAUAGGCUCAGGAUGGUUGUCGAUGGAGAGGUCAAUGCAAGGGCGCAGCUAACAGAACAUCUUAGUUCUAAUUCAGAGCAGGCUGAUGGUGAUGUAUUGAUGGAGAAUGGUAAUGCAGAACAGAGCAUGGAGGUUGAUCCAGUAUCAAAUGAUCAAAUGCAGGUGGAUUCAUAA